CAGACAGAAACGUCUGUCAAACUCGGUCGCGAACUGUUUCAACCCCGACGUUGCACUGUGUAUUUAGUAGACUGCUUGGUGACACAACAGCUCGAUCUAUGUCUGCCAUGGACGCCGAAACCCUACCUGUUGCAGGCCAAGAAGAUCAGAAGAAAGAGCCUCUAAGGAUCGUGCUUCUUGGGAAGAGUGGAGCCGGCAAGAGCUCAAGUGGGAACACCAUCCUCGGGAGACAUGAGUUUAAAUCAGACAUGAGGGUGGUGAGAGUCACUCCACACUGUGAGAAGGGGGACGGGACUGUCAAGGACGUGCCUGUGGAUGAGAAUGGGAAAGUUGAGGACGUUCUUGUCUCUGUUAUUGACACACCCGGCUUUUUUGAGCUAGAUCGUAAGGAGGAAAUAAUGCGAGAGAUUCUCAAGCGUGUCAAACUCCAGGAGCCAGGACCUCACGCCUUCGUGUUUGUAGUCCCUGUAGGACGGAUGACCCAGGAGGAUCGAGAUACCCAGACGCUGAUCGAGGCAAAGUUUGGCCCUAGAGUCUGGGACCACACCGUCGUGCUGUUCACCCACGGGGAUCGCUUGGAGGGGAAAACGAUAAGAGACGUUAUUGCCGAGAGCGACGACAAGUUCCGCAACUUCAUACGCAAGUGCAGCGGCGGCUUCUGCGUCUUCAACAACAAGAAACCCGAGGAGCAGACCCAGGUGACAAGACUCAUAGAAAAGAUCCAGACCAUGGUAGCCCUGAAUGGAGGGGGGCAUUACCACAACGACCUUUAUCCUGAAGAAGAGAGGAAGAUCAGGAAGAGACAGGAGGCCAUCCUGGCGGAGAGAGAUGAUGAGAUCAGGAUCAAGGAGAGAGAGCUGGAGGAGCAUCACAAGGACAAAGAGCUGGAGAUGAAGAAGAGGGCGCUGUGGAGGAAAGAAGAGGAAAAUGCAAGGCUGGCUGCAGAGAAGCAGAGAAAGAGGAUCCCCGACAAUUGGAACAUUCUAAUUCGCACAGUAUGUGUAUUGGUAAUAGUAAUAGCAAUCAUUUUAUGUUUUUAUCAUCCAGAAGAAGAGUCAACCUCAAAUGCAGAAUUGCCAAAUCCUGAUGUUCUUUAAGUAGCCUCUACAUGCUGGCUCCAAAGCAGAGUCCCCCCAUUAGACCUUAUAGCCUUGUAGUAAACCUAAUAGCUGAUUUCUCUAUUCAUGAAAACUGUACAGGGCUACAUUUUGAAAUAAUUCAUCCAUUUAGAUUUAUUGGGCCUCUGAGUCAGUCGUUCUCAAUUCAGGAACCACCACCAACUGAGAAAUGAGAAAUCGUCACCCAAAUUUAUGGAAAUUUCAAUCAAUCAGAUUUCUUUAAUGAAUGCAGUUUGGACCUUCGAUGGUACAAAAUGUGUGACAGGAAAAAGAGAACCACACAACCAACAGGUUCCAAAAGUGAGAUACAAGUCAUAGAAGUAUUUGGUACAUGGCCGAUGUAUGCAUUUUUUUUUUUGUAUGGGUCAUUUGUGUUAUGGAGGUUUGUUUGUCUAUGUCCCCUAACCACAAGUGUGACCUAUAAUGCUUAUAUUUUAGUUUGAUAGCCUCGCUGGAGAAUGUGGUGGCGUUAAAAAAAAAACCUGAAAAGGUGUUUUAGCGCUAGAUGUUUUUAGAUGUUUAUAGGCCUCAUCAAAUACAGGAUCAGAGUGGAUUUUUACAGACAUGGUUUGGGGAGCUCUGAGACUUAUUUAAACUUGUUGAAAAGGAAAAUAAUAUUUGACCUUUAAGAUAACUAGAUAAUCUACUGUCUUGUAACACAACCAUUGAAGUUGGUUUACAAAAAGCACAUCGUCUCAAACUGUAUAAAAUAGCAUGAAAGAAAAUGGUGUGUUUAAGAAAUAUAAAAUAAAUAAAGAACAAUGAUUUGAUACAGGAUUUGUGUAAUGACAGUAUAGUUAUAAUAAAGAUGAUAACAUAA